AUGCACCGAGCCAAAUGCCGUCCUGAGGUCGAUAGUCAAUUAACGAUUCCCGCCACCGACCGGCCUUCGAGAGACUCAAUAGUCGGUGCAGUGGCUGCGACUCCUUCCGUCAACAGUAUCAUGAGCUUUUUAAUGACUGAUGCAGUGCCGUGUGUCAUGUGUCAGAGUAGCUGUGUCAUCUCGAUUUACAUUCAUAUUCCACUGCCAUGCUUCAUAACACGGUGCGAACUGGGUGUGGUCAAGGGGGGGAGUGAGUAUAUAAAGCCAAGCACUCCGUCCCAUGACCACAGCUCUUCCUCUCUCGGCCUUCACAGCAACACCAAGAUGAGACUGAUCGUUUUAUCACUGUUGGCAGCAACAUGUUCCGCGGCUCCGCAAAUCUAUCAGACGGUGGCAGGAACUGUGGUCAGUCCCCAGUGGAACCUCCCAGCUGUUAUGAAGAUUCCUGAACCAGGUGUAAAUUUAGGAAUGGUAUUAUCCGCCCCUGCCCCUGUCCCUGUUGUCAAAGCCGCCCCUUCCUUUGCCGUCGUCGAAGCUGCCCCUGUAGCUGCGGUCCCAGUUAGCCCGGUGGUCAAGAGUGCAACCAUUGUAGCUCCUGCUGCGCCUGUGGCAGUUGCCCCUGUAGUUAAGAGCGCUGUCCCUGUGACCGUAGUGGCGCCACCUGAGCCCCUCAUGGCCCCUGAACCCCCCAUGCCGUCCCUCAGCGUCCCUCAUGUGGGAGGCCAAUUCCACACUCAAGACGAGGCUGGCCAGUACACCUUCGGCCACUACGGCGGCCCCAACACCCGUGUGGAGAGCAGGGACUCUUUGGGUCGUACCUCCGGCAGCUUCGCCUACGUGGACCCCGAGGGGGACGUCCAGGUGAGAAAGUACGCCUCCGCCCCCGGUUCUGGCUUCAGGGUGGCCGCCUCUGACCUCGUCGAGGACACGCCCUGCCGUGGCACUGGUCAAGUCCGCCCACGCACGUGCUCACCAAGUUGCUAUGUCGUUGGCAGGAAAUCCCGCUGUCACGCUAGUCUAAUCUGCAGACAAGCCCUCAUCAGUAUACCAUAUAUCUUUGUAUAUAUUUUUCUAACAAUAAAAUGCACCAUGUAUGAAUGA